AUAUCAAGGAUCAGUUCCGAGGAUCUAGUUGAGUUCUUGUCAAAUAAAGUGCACAUCUUUACGCAACAGAGGAACACAUAGGGCUACAACAGCGGCAUUAUAUCGAAACGUGUACGAAAAGGAGCAGAUGGUAUUUAGCUCUAAACAAUGACGAUGAAUCUCACCCUAUAUUUGGUAACUAUUUUAAUAUUGGAUGUUAAUUAUGGAAUCCAGGCACUUCGUAUACGACGUUUAAUUGGUGGACAGCCCGCCAUCGAAUCUGAGUUUCCUUAUCAAGUGUCUGUACGAUAUUACAACUUGCAUAUCUGCAGUGGUGCGCUUAUCAGCGAUAGGCAUGUCUUGAGUGCAGCGCAUUGUAUAUGUGGCUUGAUAGAUGAACCCUCUGAAGAACUCAGUGUGCACACUGGGAGCAUUAGUUUAAAAGAGGGCGAAAAACACGCUGUCAAAGAUGUCAUAUGUCAUCCUGAUUAUGUAUAUGGUUCUGAGAAGUCUUGGACAGCCGAUUUAGUUGUAAUCAUGCUUGCUAAAGAAAUUUGCAUAUCAUCCUCUCAAUCGCCAAUUGCUUUAGCAAUGCACGACGAUGUAUCCAUUGGACAACAAGCUAUUAUCAGUGGAUGGGGUCGUGUUCAUCCAUUUAGUUGGUUGUCUCGAGACUUACAAAAACUUUCGGUGCCAAUUAUCGACAAUAACGUAUGUCAGACCUAUUACAAAAACACUACUAUUCUUAACUCCCAAAUUUGUACAUUCGAAAGGAAAGGUAUCGGCGCUUGCAAGGGCGAUAGUGGCAGUCCUUUGGUACAUAAUUGUAUAUUAAUAGGUAUAUUUUCAUGGACAAAACCUUGUGCACUUGGUUUUCCUGAUGUUUUUACCAGAGUAAGCUACUUUAUGGAUUUUAUCAAACAAGUAAUGCAGGAUAAUUAGAAGUAAUUAAUAAUAUCGAUUGAUCUAAUGUAA